CAUACACAUUUCCUCAUAUGGCAUCGAAAAAGCUCAUGUUGUAGUAAGUCUGUCAUUCCACAGCUCAUAACGACCUCGUCAACUCGGCAAGCACCCUUACAAUCGUUAGGUGCAUUCUGCUCAAAGGGUCAUCUCAUGCUACGGUCGUUUGUGCUUGAGAACAUGAGUUCCCUUUUUCGACGUUUAUCUGAUGAUAAGGUGGAAGACAAAUGCAUGGAUCUCAUCGUCAAUUCACUUCGAUCUGAUGAUUCCAGUGUUCAGUCGUCAGCAGUCCGAGGACUUCCACAUGUCGCUGAUUUUCUUCCACUGGCUUUCAUCAGUCGAAAGCUUCUGCCUGCUAUAAUGUGUCUCCCACCGUAUCUUCACGAUAAUGUGCCGCGCCAACUCGACCUGCUGGCAGGAUUGGCAGCACUUUCGGAUCGUUGUGAUGCUGCUUCCAUUCAACAACUGUUAUCAUGUGUGUCCCUCUGUUCUGCUCACCAUCCAGUCAUCAUUCACGCCAAAUCGAGAUUGGUACAAAGGAUUGUGACACGGGACCCGGUCAGAAUGAAAGACGCGUCACAAGUUUGUGUCCACCUACUCAACCCACUGGUAAUUGGAUUGAGCUGCAAAGAACUGAGUUCCGCCCACUUCGAUGAUGUUAUGAGUAGUGUGCGAAUUCUGUUGGAUUUGGUCGAACAGCUACGAUAUGAAUCAGACGAUCGUCUUCAACAACAACAACUUGGCCUUGGGAGGCUGGGCAAUCGGCGAGUGUCGAUGAGCAGCACGAACCUACCUCGGGUGAUGAUCAGUGCCGCACGUCCAUCCUUCUCUAACGAUUCAAGGAAGAUGUCAUUUCUGUCAGCAGACGGUCGUCUCGAAGAUCGAGGGCGACGAGAAUCGAGAGACAGUCGUGGAUCUCUCGAAAGCGACAUGAGCAUCCGUAUCGGUAAUAGUUCUGACAUAUCGGACGACUCCUGUCACAGCGGUGCGUCACAGACAGCUCGAGGGCGACGACAAUCGUGGCUAGAAUGCUAUGCACAUUCCAUGUCACUUGAACAAGGUGCCUCGUUCGGUGACACAAAAACCGGCGAUGCUGCUCUCAGCUUGAAACGAGGUGGUGGUCGCUGCUCAGAGCGGAGGGCUCGAACCAGAUCGCCAAACCAGAUGGAUCUUGACAUUCGGCAAGCACCGGCUCGGCCAAACAGCUUUACGAAUCUUGGCCACAAUCUGGUGCUCACCUACCGUACACUCUGGAACAAAGAUCAUUGA